UUUUCCGUCAGUUUGCGAAAGUUUUACCUACAUGUACAUGUAUGAUAUUAAAAAGGACCUAUGUCAGCUUAACAUUUUAGAUCGAUGUUGGCAAUAAGCCGGUGGUAACAGCUUAAUGACUUCUUUGCAAUCAGUUUAUUUAAAGCGCUUAACUAAGUUUAACGGCUUCCAUAUAAUAACAAAAAAAAAUAACUUCUGGCGAAAACGAGCAGUCUAUCCACUUACGUAGAUGGCUCAUAAAACACUCAUUUUCAAGGCCUUUAUGAAAGCAAGAUGUCUAGGUAAUACGUUGGAGACCCUAGCCCCUCUGGCACCUUAGCUGUCAAAUGGAUAAUCAUUAAAUUGUGCAGAGUUAGUGGAACCAGCGCCAAUCGAUUAAGUGCUGCAAGCACCAACUCUUUUAUUUCAACCCGCCGUAUCGUCAAUGCUGUUUGGUUCACCUAAAAGUACUUGUCGAUUAGUCAGAAGAGAUAACAAAUGCGAUAGAGCAGCAUUGUCAUUAAUGGCGGGCUAUUUCAGUGCAUGUCCCGCCGCAAACAUGAACAGCACAUGGGUAAGCACGGCUCUAGACACGGAAACGGUGACCGUAGCCGCGGCCCCUCAGCCAGACUGUGGGGUGGUGGUGACCCAGAUACCCGUGUACACCCUGAACGGAGUGGGGGCGGGAGCACUUCCCCUAUCGGUUGGUUGCCGGGCGGUGAGGGUGAGGUGCCCGUCCUGCAAGGGUGAGGUCACUACCAGUCUGGUCUCGGCCCCCACCCGAAAGACCCACCUGUGCGCCCUGACCUUGUACAUCUGCUGCUGCUGGCCCUUCGUGUGCCUGCCCUACUUUAUUAACUACUGCAAGAGUGUCCAGCACUACUGCCCCAACUGUGGAUGCCACAUAGGAACAUACAGCAUUUGAUGUGAUCGAGCUUCUUCACUCAGCCAGAGAGCAUUUACUUUUAAAGAACU